GCCACCCCUCCUUCAGCUGCUGAUGGUCCUGCUGUAGGCAGUCUGAUCAUUCUCCUUAGUGAGAAGACAGCACACACUCCUUUACAACCAGCCUCUGUCACUCACAUACACUCCUGUCUCAUUCUGACAAUAUGUUUAAAACUGGAUAUACCCCAAGCAGCACACCCUUCUGGAGCAUUUGAACUAUUUGAGCACUCGAUUCAGGAGAAGGAAGGUCAAUCAGCACUGAGGUAUGAGUUGUGCUUGAAUAAGCCUUCAAGGAGGGGAUUCUUCCUCUCGACACUGAAAUCUACUUAAGUUUUGGACGUCAACGAUGAGUCUUAAGAAGAGGAAACCAAGCAUGGUGUUCAGCUGGCACAAGUCUUUCACCAUCCUUGCACCGUGGAGAAAAGGUAAAAGGGAUAUUGUUUUAGACAAUGAGGUUGUACUGACAAAAAUGAAGCACCUCAACAACUUCCCUGAGAAACUCCUUAAUGUUGAGGAUUCCAUUUCAACAAUCUCCAUUUCAAUGUCUGAGCAGGAUAACACAGAACCUCUCCAGGCUGAUGAGGUGAUCUCCGUCCACAGUGCUGCUCCUGAGACAACUAUCUCGGAAUCCAAAAAAGACUAUCUAUCGUCAAUUUUUGCCAAUUCUGAGCUUCCAAGAUUGUACAAAUUUGAAUCUGAGGACUCUGGGGUAGAGAUGACUAGUGGAGCAACUUCUCCAUCCACCCCAACUGAUUCAGAGCAAAGCUUUGUGGUCCACAGUAGAGAGUCUUCAUGUGACUCUGGUAGCCUGAACUCUCCUGUAUCUGCUGACAAUCCUCUUGAAGACAGUUCAGUCUUCUUGGAAAUUGAACAAACAUCUUGCAAAUGUGCUAAACAAGACCCUCUUACCAUCCUGGGAGACAGAACAGAGGAUGAGAAUGUUGAUGAUGAUUUAAUAGACAUCACAGCAGAUUCAGAGAGGUCUGAGGACAGAACCCUGAGGAACACCAUGGAGAACUUUAAGGAUCAAUUUGAAAUCAUGCCAGCACAGGAGGAAAUAACAGACACUGCAGUGUCUGAGGACACAAUGUCAAGGAACCAGUGUUCUACAGAAGCUUAUGACGGCAAAACAGGACCUGAAUUUCAGCAACAACCUUUGAGGAAAAGUACAACCAGCGACAGUCUGGAUGAAUACAUGGAAGAGUGCUGCAGGCUAAGUGAGGUGAACCGAGCCAAUCAGUCCAACCCUCUGGGCUCAGGACUGGGGUACCUAGAGCACAUCUGCCAACUCAUAGAGAAGAUCGGACAGCUACAGGAACACAACCUUCGACUACAGAAACAGAUCUGUGGCCUGCAGAAGGAAGGCAGAGUGAUCAAGACUAAAGAGGACUUUUUUAUGCAGCACUGCAGCUGUGGAGCAGCCAACUUGGCCUUCCAAGAGCUCAAGAGACACUUUCGCAGUGACCACUACAGCCUGACGGCAUCAAACAGCACACUGUCUGACCUCAGCACAAUCCCUGAGGUCACACGCAUCCCCCUCAGUGCAGCCAUGAGAGGUCAGUGUACAAACACACCUGCAGUCAUACACCGAGGGCUAAGAUUAAUAUGUUUACACUGGCUUGACCUACUAUUGAAAAAGCCUAAUGUUUGUAAGGGAUGGAGCAGGCUUAUCUGUGCCUAGCAGUAAUCUGAUAACAGAAUGAAUUAUAUAAGCACAUAAUUAAACUAGAAAAUGAAUUCAGGUUCAAGGCAAACUUUGAAUGUUGGUUUGAAAAAGCCAUGCCUGAAAGUUUAAAAAUGAUUUCAAGUUUGAAAAUUACAUA